ACCUGUGAAUGAUGUGGAGACUGUUUAUUAAUUUAAAAAGGGCCGUUUAAACGUUAAUGUCGGAGUUAACGGUUAGUCGGUACUUAGCUAAAAUGGCGGGUACUUGUUCGGCGGUCUUUGUUUAACUAGCUUCGCGUUAAAAAUGCUAAUUUAGCGACAAGAAGACGAUGGAGGCUCAAGCAGCAGCUGGGACGUUAUUACUCCGGAUCCAGGACGUCUGAAGGAGUCCCCGCUUCGCCUCUUCGGACUCAAACUGGGAUUUUAGAACCUUAGUGCUCUGGUCCGGGACUGGGCUGCAGUUUCAGACGGGACAGAGGAGCUGUGAGGAUGGGACUGACUGUUCCGGGGGUAUUUAUAGCGCUGUGAUUUAUCCUGACAGAGGUGUAAAGUGUGGCUCUUUCACGGUCUGCAGGGAUGUUUCCACGUCAGCAGCGCCGAACAUAACGGCUGCUUUCUCCCAGUUACAGCCGAGCAGAGGAGGCUGGGGACGGUUAGAGCACUUUUUAUACUCCCUACACUUCCUCAGAGACGGUUUGGACAAGACAACCCCAGUUUAGAUGACAUAAAACUCACAUCUGUCUGCAGAAAACCCCAUACCAUGAUGACAUGGUGCUGAAUAACAUGCCAAUAAUCACAUUUAUUCAGAUAGAAGAGGGGAUUUUAGCCUGGGGAUAGCUUAAAUGUGUUAAAAUACCAAACUUCACUGAUUUAGGGAUGCACGAUAUUCGAUGUACCGAUAUGCCGAUAUUUCUAAACUGAUUUAGCUGAUACAGCUGCCAAUAUAUGCACUUUUUAGCAAUUGUGAAGAAAACCAAGUCCCUCCCUUGCCAAUGUUCACGUUUAAAUUUUAGACAUAAAAUAAGACAAAAGCAAUGAAAAAGUAAAAGUCAUAUCUUUAAAUUAUUCCUACAUUUAAUGUAUGUUUUCAGUCAUAAACUGCAGCUUCCUGUGCCUUUUAUCAAAGAUACAAACAGCCCUGGAACAACAGGGAGUGAUGUAGAAAGUUAAAUUAAGAAUGUGAACAUUUUUAUAAGGCUUAUACUUUAUAAUUCAAUUAAUUUUCCUAUUCAAACAGCAGGUUUACUAGCUGGUUUACUGAGACAAUCUUGAUAAAGUGCUGGAAAUAACAGAAAAAUCACAUUCUUUUAAAGUGCCAAAUUAAGGUUGCUGCAUUUACUCUGCUGAUAAACUGUCACAUCUGCUGAUACUGGAAUUAUAUUAGUAUUGUUGUGCAUCUCCACAUAACUUAAAAUCUUUUCUAUGCUGUUUAUUUGCCACGUAUAAUCAGAUAACUUUGAAAGUUGUGUUGUUUACAUGUUGUAGCACUCAGUUGUAUUAUAAUUUAGUCGUGUUUAAGUCCUAGGGCUGGGCAAUACAGACCAAACAUCAUAUAUUGCUAUUUCCAGUCAGGUGCAUGAUUUUUUUUUUCCUGCAAAGAAAUAUUUAUAAAAGUCCUCUCUUAGUCAAAUUCCCUCCAGCCAAACGCCACAAAAACACUUUUAUUAACAACCAGCGGCAGAAUGUGAACAUGUGCAUGAAAAAUUGCACAAAAAUAAACAACACCUGUAAAAAAUUCCUGUAUUCAUUAGAAAUACUCCUUAAAUUGAAUAAGACCAAUAUAAUAUCAAUUCCAGAUUUAUGCCAAAUGUUUAAAAGACAUGUUACUGGUAGUGGAUCUUAAAUCAACAUAAGCUGUUCUGACAUAAAUCUAAUUUGAAAAUAUAUUGAUGUACCUUAAAAACUCAAUAUUUUUCCCAACCCUAUCUAGAUGCAUAUACAAAAGCCUCCAGUUUGAUUGAUAGACUUUUUUUUAUUUAAUAAAAAAACGUCAUCCUAUCCACCCUGAUAGAACUUCAUAUUCUGGUCAGAAAUGCUGUUCAGUAUUUUUCUUGGUUGUCCAAAUAACGUAGGUUUAAUUUAUGAAUUUCUUUAAAACAUAGCUGAGAACAGUUUACAAAAAUCCACGCCUUUUAAUAUUUGUCACAACUCCAAAAUAUUUUUGAAUUAGCAGAUUUUAUGUAUGUUCUUCUGUUGUGAGCAGACGGCGUAACUGAGCAUGUGCAGUAUCAGUGCCAUGUCCCUGGCAUGUCUCUGAUUGGUGGAAAAAGACUCGUUCAAACCGUCCCCAGUCUCCCGUACUGUAAACAGCGAUGGCUCUGAGGUCAAGGAGAUCGUGGACGACCGUGAUCUUCGGCGUCUUCCUGGGCUUCACGGCCUCCUCCUGGCUCAUCGUCCCUCAGGUUCUGGAGAAUAAACGUAAAAAGUCUCCUGAAUGUUUGUACUUCAGCGACUCCUCGGCAGGUAAAGGUGCUGAUCCGGCUGUCAGAGACCGGGACGGUCCGCUGGUCGGUCCAGAGGAGGUGAAGGGAUUCAGCCUGGGGGGGAACAGCAGCGGAGACCCCAGGAGACCAGUCAACAGACCGACUCGCUUCCUCUAUGUCGGCGUGAUGACAGCAAAGAAAUACUUGCGGUCCCGGGCCGUGGCUGCGUACAACACCUGGGCCAGCUCCAUACCUGGGAGGGUGGAGUUCUUCUCCAGCGAGGGGUCUGGCACGGUCCAUGCUCCCGGCCCCCUCCCUGUGGUUUCCCUGGCAGGUGUGGACGACUCGUAUCCACCACAGAAGAAGUCAUUCAUGAUGCUGAAGUACAUCCAUGACCACUACCUGGAUAAAUACGAGUGGUUCAUGAGGGCGGACGAUGAUGUUUACAUAAGAGGUGAGAAGCUGGAGCUGUUCCUGCGCUCUCUGAACAGCAGUAAGCCUCUCUACAUCGGUCAGACCGGCCUGGGCAUGGCCGAGGAGCUGGGCAGACUGGCUCUGGAGCCCGGAGAGAACUUCUGCAUGGGGGGCCCCGGGAUGAUCUUCAGCAGGGAGGUUCUCCGCAGGAUGGUCCCUCAUAUCGGCACCUGUCUGAGGGAGAUGUACACCACGCAUGAAGACGUGGAGGUGGGACGCUGCGUGAGACGCUUCGGAGGGACGCAGUGUGUCUGGUCUUAUGAGAUGCAGCAGCUCUUCUACGAGAACUACGAACGGAACAAGAAAGGUUUCAUUGAGGAUCUCCACAGCAGCAAGAUCCACAACGCCAUCACACUCCACCCCAACAAAAACCCCGCCUACCAGUACCGCCUCCACAACUUUAUGCUGAGCAGAGAGAUCUCCAGGCUGCGGUACCGCACCAUCCUGCUGCACCGUGAAGGCCUGAUCAUGAGUCACCUCAGCGAUACCGAAGUCCUGUGGGAGGACCAGCAGCUUGGAUCCCCGCCGUCCUACAUGCUCUAUCGACCCAACGAGAGAAAUGACGUCAUCGAGUGGGACUUCCUAACCGGGCGCCAUAUUUAUUCAGCUGUUGAGAACAAAAUGGCUCGACACAACCUUGGGAACGUGUUUCGGACGGCUCUAGAAGACAUCAUCCUGCAGGUUAUGGAAAUGAUUAAUGAGAACUCAAAGACUCGUGGUCGUGUCAUCGACUUUAAAGAGAUCCAGUACGGCUACUACCGAGUGGAUCCGAUGCACGGGGCAGAAUAUAUCCUAGACUUACUGCUGCUGUACAAGAAACAUAAAGGACGGAAGAUCACUGUCCCUGUGAGGAGGCACGCUUACCUCCAGCAGUCCUUCAGCCGGCCCUUCUUCACUGAAACCGAAGAGCUGGACGUAGCUGAACUCGUGGCUGCCAUCAACUCCGAAUCCCAGUCACUCUCUUUCCUGUCCAACUCUCUGAAGUUCCUGUCUCCUUUCCAGGUCUACGAAUCGACCGUGGAGAUGUGGGAGCAGAGUCAGAGGAAGGUCAACAUCCUCGUCCCGCUGUCCGGUCGCUACGACACCUUCGUCCGCUUCAUGGAGAACUUUGAGAAAGUUUGUCUGAUACCCAAACAGAACGUGAAGCUGUCGAUCAUUCUGGUGGACGGUGAGAUCAGUCAGAGCGGAGGACGACACGUUCAGCUAAUCAAAGACUACCACAGGAAGUACCCCAAAGCUGACCUCGCUGUUAUCCCCAUGACGGGGAACUUCUCUCGAGGACUAGCCCUGGAGCUGGGCUCUGCUCAGCUCGAUAACAACACCCUGCUCUUCUUCUGCGAUGUUGAUCUUAUUUUUAACGGUGAGGCUUUGCAGCGCUGCAGAGACAACACGAUCCAAGGCAAACAGGUUUACUUCCCUGUCGUCUUCAGCCAGUACAAUCCAAAAAUAGUCUAUCCUGAGAAAACCCCACGAGAGAGCAAGUUUGUGCUCACUAAGAAGAGUGGUUUCUGGCGGGAUUAUGGCUUUGGGAUCACUUGUGUUUUUAAGAGCGACUUGCUGAAAGCUGGAGGUUUUGACACGUCGAUCCUCGGCUGGGGGCUGGAAGAUGUGGACCUGUUCACCAAAGUGAUAAACUCUGGUUUAAAAGUGCUCCGCAGUCAGGAACCAGGCAUCGUCCACGUCUAUCACCCCGUCCACUGUAACUCCAGUCUGGAGCAGAAGCAGUUCAAGAUGUGCAUCGGGUCCAAAGCCAGUACGUUUGCAUCAACGAUGCAGUUAGCCGAGCUGUGGCUGGAGAAGCACAUAGAGGUGGGGUACAACAGAACUUCAUCUUGACACUCCACCCCUCCUGGACUAUUAACGCUUACCUCAAAUCUGCUGAUGCAUAAAGCAGAAACGCAACGAACAGAAAAGAUGCAAGACUUUACAAUCCAAACUAGAGAUGGACCAAACUACUAAAACCAAACUAACCUAGCAGCAAAAGACUCAGUCUCACAGGGAUCUGGACUAAAUAUCCCCAAACCAGAACAGAACUGAGUGAAGAAUGACCUGCAUAGAACAAUAAAGUCAACUACCUUAUCUGUUUCCACACCAGCUGAGGAACCGCUGACUCAAUACACAGCGGUGGUACUUUGAACAUUGUUCUGUUCUUUUCUGCUUUACAGGUUCAUUCAUGUCAUGUUCACUUUGCCAGUGAUGCAAAUACAGAGUCUUCGUUCAAUUCCUUAGGAUUUGGUUUGACUUUGAGUUUUUACCAGUGUCUUAUUUUAUAAAUAUGCUAAGAACUAUUCUGAGUUAGGUUGUCCAAAGUUAGGGAAUCUUUAAAAAAAUGUCUCACAGAGACAUCAGCGUAAAUCCAGAAUAUAAGUCGCACCUUAAUCUGUUUUAGGGAUCUCCCAGGGGAACAAGGGUAUGGACCUGUGUGAUGAUUUCCAUCGUGUUCUGUUUAUGUACAGCCAUGCAUGUCUGUCACACAGCACAUUAACACGGCAUUCAAGUGGUAAUCCAGGAUGCUUCCUCCCAAUUAGCUCACAUGAUCUACUAGUAAUCAGACAUGGCUUCAUGGGGAGCUUUGUCUCUUCUUAGUAAACUAGAUUAUUUUCCAGUAAUAAGAGCCGAUCUGUCAGUGCCCAAACUGCUCUUUCAUUUGGUGUCUUUCUAUCUAAAACAAUGACAGAAAAGAAUCAUAGGGAACGUUCCCUCAAAGAGGAGCUGCUGUAAUGUUGAUAGUUGUGAAAUACAGACCCACAGCUCACAAGUAGCCCCGCCCACCUCCUCUGGUCACUGUCAGCUUUAGGUGAGGAGUCUUUUAGUCAAACCAGCUCUCUACAAGCUUUAUUUACUCAGCAGUGUACCACCUUUUUAUAGAAAUGCAGGAUUAUGACCUAACGAUGGAGAAAAGGUGGUUAAAAGUGGCACCAUCAGCCUCGUCUGUAUUGUUAUGUAGCAGUAACAGUGAAGCCGCCACUGGCAUAUGGACUAAAGCAUGUGUAGCCCUUUUAAGUCAUCUGUCUGCUCACAGUGCUGCAGGCCAGACCUGCCCUUUCAGGCCCUUUCAGACCCUUUCAGACCCUUUCAGACCCUUUCAGGCCCUAUCAGACCCUUUUAGACUUUUUCAGACCCUUUUUGACCCUAUCAGACCCUUUCAGACCCUUUUGGACCCUGUCAGACCCUUUUGGACCCUGUCAGACCCUUUUGGACCCUGUCAGACCCUUUUGGACCCUUUCAGAUACUGAUGGCGAGGGCUGCCAUGUCCAUCAGUAUUUACUAAUCGUAUUCAUACACAUUCAGACGUCACUGACGCAGCAGUAGGAGUAAUUUAGGGUUUAGUGUGUCCAAGGACACAUUGACAUGUGACUGUAGGAGCUGGGGAUUAAACCCCUGACCUCCAGAUAGAGGGAACAGUGGAUGAUGGUGGCGUCAUUAUACUGGUAUACUGGUCACACCAGUAUGUAGAAGUAACAGCCAGUGUUUUAGUUAAAAAUGGGUUUUAAAAGUGCGUCUUAUACGCUGGAUUUUACGACAUAUUAUCCAGGUUAUGAUGGGUGAUUCAGUCAGUAUAUAAUCCUCUCAGAGAAUAAAAUCAACUCAAAUAUGUGCUGUAGAAUUAAAAACACACUGAGGCUUAGACCCAGCGUGCUGCUUUCAUGUAUUGCUGGUAAACAUCAGAAUCGCAGCUUAAAUAUGAGUGAAGUAAAUAUUUAAACGUAGACGGCUGCUGAGCAGCUUGGUCUCCUGCUGCAGUACUCAGUCUGUAUGUGGUUCAUGUUUGUUGUUCUGUGGGUAUUAGACAGAUCUAAUCUAAUCAAACCUAUUAAUCCCACACUCUGGGUGGAUUUAUAGAGGAUCCUCCUGCAGACACUGAGCUCAGUGGGUACUAUUAUUAUUAUUCAGCCUUUUUUGCUCACCUGUUUCCAGUUUAAAGAGUCUGUCUGACUUUAUUGCAGCAGCUGUUAUUUUUCCACCUUAUUAGUGCCAAAUGAUGGUGAAUCAGCACUUUACAACCAUCCAGAGAGUUCCUGCAUUCAAUCACAGAGCGAAGAAAACAGAAAGUUUACAAGGUGCAUGGUAGUUAUGGCUGUAGUGUUUGUUUCGGUUUGGUGACAUGUGAAGGUACUUUUGUGGAGUUUAAAAAGUGGUAUUACACUGUAAGGUUUUUGUUACUAUGAUCCUUUCUCAGUUCCCUGUGUUUUAAUAGUUUCUAAAGGUACCAAAAAGUGCAUCUAUUUCAUAAAAACCAACACGCAGGAGAGAAAUGAAUCCAUCAAUAUGUGCAGACGAACUCCUGCACAUGUCCAGAUUACAUGAAACAUCAGCAUCCUUUCAGCAGGGAAGCAUUGCCAGUGUUGGUGCAGUUUACAGCAUCAUUAAAGAUUCAACAGUAGAAGUUUGAAGUUGUUGCAUUGUGACAAAGUUGUCAUUGUUAAUGUGUUAAUUUCUCAUCUUACAUUAGUGCUGCUGGCACUGGAGGAAGCUGAAGAGAGGCGAGGCUCAGGAGGGCUCUAAAUGUCGUCUCAUUUGGAUAAUUCUUUUCAAAACUGCCCUCCCUCAUCUUAAAUCAGUGCACUGGCUGUUAAAGGCAACAGAGCAGGAAAAUAUGGUUCUAAUUCUACCUGUUAGAUUCAAUAUGUUCAAAAAUCUGCUAUCAAACCUCAUAAAUGGUACCGUGUAGAUAAAUAAACAUGUCAUUAAGGCCCAUUAGCACCUUUACAGGUUUAAAAAAGGAUGCAAAAGUGUUGGAAAAAUCCUCUGAUGAAGAGGAUGAAGAUUGAAUGUUUGAUUUAAAGCUCACAGUCAGACAAUCUGUUAUAUAACAAAGCCUCAGAGUUCUAUGUUUGUUUCAUUCAUUCAGUUUUUUUAGUUUCCUCUGCAGACGUA